AUGAGCUUUAAUGAGCUCCUGCAAGAAUGGUGUAACGCACGGCCAGCAACUGUGCGCCACACACAAGUUAUUUCAUCCGCACUACGAAAGUCGUUCUUUGAGCGAGUCUUCCAACUUUGGGACUCUAAUGAGACUUUCGUAUCCCUACCUGAGCUGCUCCCGAAAAAGUUACGCCAGACCUCCUACGAAGCCGGACUUUUCAAGGCCAACCUACCUGUCACCCCAUCGAAGCGCAAGCGCGGAACAACCAAGCAGGACAAUGAUCACCGAAUGGCCAGCGCUCCCGCUUUCUUGAGUGUCGAGUUCAGUUCUGAGGCAGAGGGGAGAGAGUUCCGCCUCGUCUGGAAAGACGGGGGAAGCACGAAGGUCCCUGUUGAAUAUGUCAAGCUUAUAGACGGGAUGACCAAAGCUAAGGCAAUCGAAGGAGCCAUCAUGAACUGGGACCGAAACGAGAGGGCUAGGGUGGAGGAGUAUAACACAAAACUCAUUAUCGCGCUCGCCCGAAUGCGAAUCAUUCGAUUUGCCAAGGCGGGAACUCAUGCUUUCCCUUAUAUCCCUCAAGACCUUCGGGUCAAUAACAGAACGAUCCAAUGCAAACUCAUCACUGAUGAGUUUGAUGAGUUUUUCCAAAUGAUGAAGGCUGUUCAUGAGGGCCUUAGCCGCAGCAAGCUCGGCGCUCCCAACCACAUGAUGCAGACACGAAAAAAGGCAUAUUGA